UCUGUGAAUGAAGGUGCUGAUGAAUUGAGGCUGUCAAAUGGAACUGGCCCCUGCUCUGGGAGAGUGGAAGUAAAACAUGAGGAGCAGUGGGGAACUGUGUGUGAUGGUGACUGGACCAUAGAAGAUGCUGAGGUUGUUUGUAAGCAACUACGAUGCGGAUCUGCUGUUCAGGCCCUUAAUCGAGCUCCUUUUGGAGAAGGAUCUGGACCAACGUGGUUGUAUCGGGUUGAUUGCCGUGGUGAUGAAUCCGCUCUCUGGAACUGCUCACAUAUAGGAUGGGGUGCUUUUACCUGCCCUCAUUACUUUGAUACUGGAGUGAUUUGCUCAGGUUUCUCUGGGCUGCAUCUGACUGGAGGGGACACUGCCUGCUCAGGGCGUCUGAAAGUAAAGCAAGAAGAAACUUGGGCUACAGUCUGUUUUUCACACAUUGAUUUUAAAACUGCCUCUGUUAUAUGUAAUGAGUUAGAGUGUGGCCAGGCUGUGGAUAUCUUGAGAGGAACUCACUUUAGAGACAGACAUGAACGGAUCUGGCAAGAAGAGUUUCACUGUUUAGGGAAUGAGACUCACCUUGCACACUGUCCCAGGAUGCUGCACCGUAGUAAGACAUGCUCUCAUGAUGCCACUGUUGUAUGUUCAGGCUAUGGUGGGUACAGGUUGGCAAAUGGCAGUACCACAUGUUCAGGGAGAGUAGAGCUUCUUCAUGGAGGCACAUGGGGAACCCUGUGUGACUACCUGUGGGAUUUACCAGCUGCCAAUGCCCUCUGCCAGCAACUGGACUGUGGAGUUGCCCUACUGAUACCUGGUGGACAGUCCUUUGGGAAAGGAAAUAGAUCUGUCUGGAACGGCACAUUCAGCUGCAAGAAGAAUGGCUCACACCUGAGAGACUGUCCUGUGCGUGUGCUAGGUCAUGAUGAAUGCCCUGCUGGAAAAGACGCUCGUGUGGCAUUUCCACGAUUUGAGGCUGCACUUCACCGGUACCACGAGGCUGCUCCCUGUGAAAUGCUCGUAGUGUCAGGGCACAACAAGAACAGGGCUCCUCCACAAGGGUGCCCAGGGGGCAGGUUGGUGAAUGGCACCAGAUGCUCUGGCAGAGUGGAGAUCCGCCAUGGAGACACGUGGGGAAGACUCUGCCACUCCCACUGGAAUUUGCAAGCUGCCAGCGUUCUCUGUCAUCAGCUGAACUGUGGCUAUGCGAAGUCAAUCCAGACAGGAGAACGUUUUGUGGAUGGGAAUGGGCCUGUAUGGAGAGAUGCUUUUCACUGUGAAGGGAGGGAGUCCUGCCUGUGGGAUUGUGCUCAAGUGACUUUGGGCAAUCCAAUCUGUUCAGCCAGAGAAGCAGCCACUGUUAUUUGCUCAGGUCUUGAUGAAUCACUCAGACUCUCAGGUGGUGAGAGCCGCUGUGAUGGGCGAGUUGAGAUCUCUCUCCAUGGCAUGUGGAGCAGAGUCCUGGAUGAUGAAUGGGACAUUAAGGAUGCUCAUGUGGUAUGCAGACAGCUCCAGUGUGGAAUUGCUAAGAAAGCCUAUUACCUUCCAAGAUCUCAGCGAGGCAUGGGUCUUGUGGGCUUAAGAAGCGUCCAGUGUGCUGGAAAUGAGACUCAGCUGAUGCUCUGUAAGACCUCCCAUUCUCAGACAGUGCCAACGGGAGUUGCUGAAGACGUUGGUGUGAUUUGCUCAGGUAGCAGACAGAUCAGGCUGGUGAAUGGAACAAAGCGCUGUGCUGGGAGAGUAGAGCUUUAUCAUGAUGGCAUCUGGGGCACCAUCUGCGAUGAUAACUGGGAUCUAUCAGAUGCUAAUGUUGUGUGCAAACAGCUGGGAUGUGGACAUGCCAUCAAGGCAUUUGUCUCUGCUCAUUAUGGCGAAGGCUCAGGACAGAUCUGGCUGGAUGAUGUGGACUGUACUGGGGCUGAAUCUGAUCUCUGGGCAUGUCCCUCUAGGACAUGGGGCCAGCACAACUGCCAACACAAAGAGGAUGCUGGAGUCCUGUGCUCAGAGUUCCUGGCUCUGAGGCUGGUGAAUGGCAAUGACUGUGCUGGGCGGCUAGAAGUUUUCUACAAUGGGACAUGGGGGAGCAUUUGCUCCAAUCGUAUGUCUCAACUCACUGCAAUAACUGUGUGCAAACACCUGAACUGCGGAGAUGGUGGGGAAAUCGCAAGAGACUUCGAAUAUGGCAGAGGUUCUGGGCCCACGUGGCUGGACCACAUUGAGUGCACUGAGCAACAUAGCUCUCUCUGGCAAUGUCAGUCAGACCCCUGGGAUCCUCAGUCAUGUGAUAACCGAGCAGAAGAGACUCAUAUUUCUUGCACGGACAGGGAGAAGCUACGAGUCAUAGGAGGAAAGGAUGGAUGUUCAGGCAGAGUGGAAAUUUGGCACCAAGGUUCUUGGGGAACAGUCUGUGAUGAUUCCUGGGAUGUGGCAGAUGCUAAUGUUGUAUGCAGGCAGCUGGGUUGUGGAUCUGCUGUGUCUGCUCUGAGUGAAGCUGCGUUUGGGGAAGGGACUGGUCCCAUCUGGUUGGAGAAGGUGCACUGUAAAGGAACAGAGCUGUCUCUUUGGGACUGUCCUGCCAAGCCCCUGUGUGGCAAAAACUGUGAUCAUAAGGAAGAUGCUGCUGUGGAUUGCUCUGGUGUGACAGAAACAACAGCAUCGCCCACUAGAGCAGAUUCUCCCCGUCGCCCUGCAACAGACAACACGAGAAUUUCAAUGCCUGUCAUCCUCUGCAUUAUCCUGGGGGCUCUUCUCUGCCUGGUCCUUGCCAUUCUUGCUGGACAGAUCCGACGUGCCAGGGCACAGCAGAGAGGCUCCAGACUAUCCUAUGACCCCUUCUCUGAGGCAGUCUAUGAAGAGAUCGACUAUAACCUGAUGAGGGAAAAGCAGGGCAUGACUGGCUUCUCAGAGAGUUCAAAAACAAAGGCACAGUUUUACAGUGGGGACAGUGAUGAAGAAAAUGGUCCUGGAGCAACUCAAGUUAAUACCGGUAUUGUUUCAGAGGUCUCUCCACUGCCUGGAAAUACCCUUGAAGAUGGUUAUGAUGAUGUGGCAGAAGCUCCUGGACCUAAAGAUGCUUCUCUUUCUGAGCAGAAUGAACAGGAAACCAUUGGGAUCCCUGAAGAAAGUGGCAGAAACAAGGAUUCACAGACAGACUGCAGCAACCUAAAUUAG